GUUUUGCUCCGAUUCUUCUCCUCUCACCCCUUCAACACCAUGGCGCAACUCGACACGCUGGACAUUCUCGUCUUGGCCGCACUCUUGGUCGGCACGGUUGCCUACUUCACAAAGGGCACCUACUGGGGCGUCACCGCAGACCCCUAUGGCAGUUCGCUGAGUGUGGCCAAUGGCGCCGCAAAGGCUGGCAAGUCACGCAACAUAAUAGAGAAGAUGGAGGAGACGGACAAGAACUGCGUCGUCUUCUACGGUAGCCAGACUGGUACUGCCGAAGACUAUGCCUCGCGCAUAUCCAAGGAGGGGUCUUCCCGCUUCGGCCUCAAGACCAUGGUCGCCGACUUGGAGGAAUACGACUUUGACAACCUCGACACCUUCCCCGAAGAUAAGCUCGCUGUCUUCGUCCUGGCCACGUACGGCGAGGGCGAGCCCACCGAUAACGCUGUCGAAUUCUACGAGUUCCUUGGUUCCGAAGAUGUCUCCUUCUCCGAAGGUGGCAGCAUCGACGAUAAGCCCCUCUCAAAGCUCAACUACGUCGCUUUCGGUCUUGGAAACAACACAUAUGAACACUACAACUCCAUGGUUCGCAACGUCGACAAAUACUUGACAAGGCUUGGUGCUACCAGACUGGGCGCUGCUGGCGAGGGCGACGAUGGUGCUGGUACAAUGGAAGAGGACUUUCUCGCCUGGAAGGAGCCCAUGUGGGCUGCUGUUGCUGAAAAGAUGGGCUUGGAAGAGCGCGAGGCUUCAUACGAGCCCGUCUUCGACGUCAGGGAGAAGCCAGAACUUUCUGCCGAAGAUGAUACUGUCUACCUGGGCGAGCCCAACAAGAACCACCUCGAGGGCAACCAAAAGGGUCCUUUCAACGCCAACAACCCCUUUAUCGCCCCCAUCGUCGAAUCCGCCGAGCUUUUCAAUGCCCCCAACCGAAACUGCCUGCACAUGGAGAUUAGCAUCGCUGGCUCCAACCUGUCCUACACUACCGGUGAUCACAUCGCCAUCUGGCCCAACAACGCUGGCAAGGAAGUCGAUCGGCUGUUCAAGGUCCUCGGAAAGGAGGACAAGCGUCACACCGUCAUCGCUGUCAGAGGUCUUGACCCCACUGCCAAGGUCCCCUUCCCUUCGCCGACAACCUACGAUGCCGCCGUCCGUUUCCACAUUGAAAUCAACGCUGCUGUAUCCCGUCAACUCGUUUCUGUAAUGGCUCAGUUCGCACCCAACGAUGAUAUCAAGGCUGAAUUGGUGAAACUUGGUAGCGACAAGGACUACUUCAAGGAGCAAGUCACCGAUCGCAACCUGAACCUGGGACAGCUCCUCGAGAUUGUUGGCAAGGGCGUAACGUGGGACAAGAUUCCCUUCAGCUUCUUGUUUGAGACCAUGGUCAAGAUUCAACCCCGCUACUACUCCAUCUCUUCAUCUUCGCUGGUCCAGAAAGACAAGAUCUCUAUUACUGCUGUUGUCGAAUCCAUCGAGAAGCCCGGUGCACCAUAUGCCCUCAAGGGAGUCACUACCAACUAUCUUCUGGCGCUGAAGCAAAAGCAACAUGGCGACCCCAACCUGGAUCCGCAUGGCCUAGACUACGCUAUCACGGGACCGCGCAACAAGUACGAUGGUAUCCACGUCCCGGUACAUGUCCGCCACUCAAACUUCAAGCUCCCCUCAGAUCCAUCAAAGCCUAUCAUCAUGGUUGGUCCUGGUACUGGUGUCGCACCUUUCCGUGCUUUCGUCCAGGAGCGAGCCGCGCAAACAAAGGCCGGACAAACUGUGGGCAAGACCAUUCUUUUCUUCGGAUGCAGAAAACAAUCAGAGGACUUCAUGUACGCCAAGGAGUGGGAGCAAUAUAAGGAUAUCAUGGGCGACAACUUCGAAAUGCAUACUGCCUUUUCGCGAGACGGCCCUAACAAGGUCUACGUUCAGCACAAGCUUGAGGAGGCGGGCGAAGAGGUGAACAGGCUGCUCGAGCAAAAGGCCUACUUCUACGUCUGCGGUGAUGCCGCACACAUGGCCCGUGAAGUAAAUGUCCUACUCGGCAAGAUCAUCUCCAAAUACCGCAAUGUACCAGAGACAAAGGGAGAGGAAAUUGUCAAGGCAAUGAGGGCGUCGAAUCAAUACCAGGAAGAUGUUUGGUCAUGAU